CGACAGAUCCCAGCACGAUGAUGAGUGACGAUGCGAGUGCGCUGCCUUGGGCAACAAUGCGAGGGGGCGAUUCUAAGAAGAAGAAAGAAAACAGUGCUCGUUAAAACUAAAGAGUAUACAUUGAAUGAGUCAAAAAGACGAAACAGGAACCUGUGGUGCUUUGGGGAAGUUGCUGCCUCCUCUUCUUGAUGCUCGUUCAAUGAUGCUGGCGUACGAACGCCUCAACAUUUCUUAUAACUUUUAAGCUAUUUGAAAUAAGUAAUAGUAGUGUGCUUCUGUACAAAGAACAAGAUGAUAAAGUUAGUGACGCUCAACCAGAACGAGGGCUUUUCAAAAGUCGACGAAAGGCGAACCCAUGUUUAUUUUGCUAACACGAGCUAACGUUAGCGUAAUAGCCGGCUAGUUCCGCGUAAUCGCGACUUUCCUUUUAUUCGAAACUCAAACUAGAGCGUCAUUAUUUGAAACACAAACUACGGCGUAAGUAAACUAAUAGUUGACACGUUUUAAAUCACACACACAAGACGGCUAAUAUGACUUUAGCGUGUGAAUGGCGAGGACAAAAAUAGGCACGUCUGUGACGUUAAGGGCGACACCAUUUAUGACGUAUGUUCCGGCGAAUGGUUGAAUUUUGUAAUAAUGAACAAAUAAUACAAUAUUUUAUAUAUCUUAGUGUUUUGCACUAAAACAUCAGAAUCGAUAACGGGAAUAUUGGACUAAAUCACAGUGUAUCCAAAUAAAUUCAAAUUAAUAAAAAUGAAUUUGCUCAAAUGCAUUGGCGGGCUUCGGCGACGCCAUGUUUCUUUUUUUCCUGUACACCGGUGACGCAAGUGGAGUCCCAAUUUAUUCGUUUAAGGUUAAUUGAUCUUGAGCAAAAACAUUUACACAAUUAAGGUAAACGUUUUUAGUCGACUUCAAGUCCACAUUUGGAAAUAACUAUCGAAGGCUCACACAAUUACCUGUUUAUUUCUUACACGCUCAAAUAAUGUUUAGCUUUCGACACGAGAUACCAGGAUCUUAGACUAGACAUUAAACUAGCUAAAUGUCAGCAUUGGUGAUGUUAUUAAAAUAAAUAUAUUCUUUUACCUCAUGUCUUUAUGAAAAUAGGCAUUUGUGGGUCAUAAAAUUGGCAGUUUAGUCUGUAUUAAAUAAGUGUUAAGUAACUUCCCAUAGCUGUAAUUAAGGGACAGUCUAAAGUGCUUAACGUCACUUAAUGUCCAAAACUGCGAUCAAUUGUCACCAAAAUUUAUGUGGAUAACUACACAUGUGCACUUAAACCCAUAAAAAUUUAAAACUGAGUCUUAACGUGCACAAAAUCCAUAAUACUGGGGUUAUCAUUUUUGAUACUUUCAGUGGUCGUAGGGGACAUGAGUCGAGAUGUCCACAUACAUUUUAGUGAGAAUUUAUCACGUUUUCGGACAUUAAGCGACGUUAAUGUUUAUUACGCUUACGUUAAGCGUUUUCGACUUUAUCGUAAUUAACUCCUGGCAACAAUUAUAGCAAUGUAUCACAUGGAAGUUGAAACUACUGAAACAGCGCCAGAGAACAUGGAUAAUGCAGUGAUUUACACCAGCAACCGCAACACCAUCAAGACAGAUCUCUGUUUGCUGUUGGAGUGUGUGAAGUUCCAAAUGAACUGUCCGGAUCUGCAAAAGCAAGCCCUCAUCGCUAUCACCUCCAUAUGUGAGAAGAAAGAGCACAAUGUGGACCUGCUGAGAGAAAUGGGAGGCAUGAUGUUUGUAUACAACCUCUUCAAAUCCAAUGUUGUUAAUCCAGCUGUGAGGCACACUGCACUCUUUACACUUGGAACACUAGCAGAUGCCAGUGUAUACUGCAAGAAUGCCCUGUGCCGAAAGGAGAUGUUUCUGGACCUCGGUAGCUAUUUGUUGGAAGAAGAUGCCUCGCUUAAACAGAAGAGUCUCUCUGUCUAUUUGCUGUCUGUGUUGGUAACCAACAACAAGGCAGGGCAGACUUUAGCCCAAACCACUGGCUGCAUAGACAUUCUGCUGAACCUCUUCAGAAACAUGUUCCCUGAAUCUACCGCAGACUCUGCUCACAUUUGUCUGUGGAUAUCAGUGUCAAAUGCUCUCUGUGGGUGUGUCAACAACCCUCAGAAUGAGGAGACUCAGCGUAUCUGCGUGUCAUCCUUUCCCAAAAUACAAAUGUGGCUUCAGCAUGUUUCUUUGCCUUGCUUCGAAGUGUUUCGAUACCUUUGCUCCUUCAUUGCGAUGACAGUUGCCAACAAUGCAUGUGUUCAGGAGAGCUUUGCUGCCACCGGGGCGUUAGAGACCUUUGUUGUCAUGCUGAUCCGUCUGGCAUCUGACUCUGACACAAACCUGUUGUCUUGCCAGCUUUUAGUAAUAAUAAUCAAGACCAUGUCAGCUUGUAUCGCGAACACCGCAAACUUGGCUUCAGGUUUGGCCCGCUACACUAUAGUGGGCCAUCUCAUCUCCGUGCUGGCUAGCCCGCAACUCAACUACGAGGACAGACUGGCGACGCUCAUCCUGCUGGGUUAUUGCACUGAAGCUUCUGAGGAACACCAGUGUCAGCUGGUGCAGUACGGCGGCCUGCCGCUAAUCAUCACGCUGCUUGCUGAAGACGCGAACGAGGAGGUCAGGAAGUUUGCAACGUUCAUUUUGCAGACCUGCAAACAGGCUAUUGCAUCCUUGGGAAUCUCUGAUCUAAAGCAAGAGGAAGAUGAGAAGCUUGACACACAAGCCGCUGAAGAGUUGGGCGUAUCUUCUCCUCCUUCAUCAUCACUGCUGCUGCAAAGAGGUCGCCUGUCACCAGUCAACCCCAGGACUCGCAGUGUCUUUAAAUUGCUGCAUUCCUCAAAUGUAUUCAACAUGAAGGAGAAAGAAGAAGCAGAAGGGAGUCACGCCAAGAAUGUGAGAUCAUGUGAAAGUGCUGAGAAAGAAAAUCCUGAAAGCAGCAGAAGGAUUGUGUCAUGUUCCGCGUGUGACGGUACUGGAUCCCUUAUGCAGUCCCAAGUACAGCAACUAAAGGGAGGCAGAGAUGCAUAUACAGGAGACAGUCCCCAACUGAAAUCUUCAGAGCAAGACCACAAUGUACUGAGAACUAUUAAAUGCAGUGAUGGAGAAAAGUUGCAGGAAAGUGACAUGUUUGGGGAGAAAAGACAAGAACAACAACAAUCCCGCUACAAUGAAAGAUGUGCAGGUUGCGUGAUGCCUUUUGAGAAAGUGACUAGUCGCACUUUUGGAUCUGUCCUGUUCUCCUGCCGUCAGAAGUGCGACAUGCACAAGGUCCUUCUCGAGGCUACGGCGCGCUUCACGGCCCCCCACCGUCGCUCGCCGUCAGAGGGAGAGAAGAGAGAGAGACCUACCCUCCCAAAACCUGAGAGAGUGUUGGCGAGAGCGCCACACGAAACCCUCGCAAGCUGGAGUUUUCCGUGUUUGAAUUUAAAAAAUGUCAACCUGACUCCCAUCUGUAAAACAGCAAAGCCUGAAAGGAUUGCAAAGAGGCGCAGUGAAACGAACUUGAUCCCAGUGCAAAGAGGAGCUAAAGCACCAAAAAAAGAAAAGCCAUGGGAUACCGACUGUUAGAUCCUGGACUAAAAAUCCCUACCCUUUUAUCAGCCUCCACAUUAACUGUUUGGCUACACAGCCUUCUGUUGUGCACUGCAGUUUAUCUUUAAAUGUUCUGCUGUUACUGUCAUGAGUUGUUGUGUAAACUAGUUCGGCUGCACUCGUGUUUGUUGUCAUUUCUGAA